CAGGAGGCUCAGGUGAUGGUCACAGUGCACAGAGACCUCUUUGGCACAGGGCGCCUGGUCAGGGCUGUGGAGCUGAGCCUGGGCUCGGCUGGGUGCCGCCCGGGGGCCCAGAGCGAUGCUGAGGGCACUGUGACCUUCGUGGCUGGGCUGCACGAGUGCGGCAGCACCCUCAGGGUGACCCCCGAUGCUCUGGUCUACAGUACAAGCUUGAACUACAGCCCAGUUCCUUCUGGCAACCCCAUCAUCAUCCGCACCAGCCCUGCUGUGGUACCCAUAGAGUGCCACUACCCAAGGAGAGACAACGUGAGCAGCAAUGUUAUCAAGCCCACGUGGGUCCCCUUCCUGUCCACCCUGUUCUCGGAGGAGAAGCUGCCCUUCUCCCUGCACCUCAUGAAUGAUGACUGGAGCGCUGAGAGAGCCUCCACUGUAUUCCAACUGGGAGAGGUCCUGCACUUCCAAGCUGGUGUCACCAUGGAGAACCACGCACCUCUGAGGCUCUUUGUGGACACCUGUGUGGCCACCCCAACCCCAGACAGGAGCUCUUCCCCCCAGUAUGCUUUCAUUGACUUCAGUGGGUGCCUGGUGGAUGGGCAACUGGAUGAUGCCACCUCAACCUUUAUAUCCCCGAGGCCUAGGCAAGAUGUGCUGCAGUUCGCAGUAGAUGCAUUCAAGUUUGCAGGAGACUCCAGCAACCUGAUCUACAUCACCUGCCACCUAAAGGUCUCCCUGGCUGACCAAGCUCCAGACCCUCUGAACAAGGCUUGCUCCUUCAACAAAGCCAGCAACCUCUGGGCCCCUGUGGAAGGCACCCGGGAUGUGUGCUCCUGCUGCAAGAUGAGGAACUGUGGCUUGGCCAGGGAGUCCAGGAGGCCCCAGGCUCCAUCCCGAUGGCAAGGGGGACGUGCCCGGAGAGCGCUGCCCUCCCAGCUCGAUCCCUUGGUGAAAGAAGCAGAUGUUGCAGUGGGACCCCUCUUCAUCCACAGCUGGCAGCAUCGCCCAGCUAAGAGGAUGCCUUCACAAGGUAGGGGGAUGGUUCUGGGGCUGGCUAUGGUUGCUGGUUUGGUCAUUGUGCUCCUCACUGUUGUGGGAGCUCUGGCUGCCCCGGAAGCCCAACAACCCUGUUUAAUUUGGAUGCCACCUUUCAGAGUCUAUCCAAAAAUAAAGUAUAGGUUGAAUGACUGA